AUGAAGUAUUCUUGCUGUGCUCUGGUUCUGGCUGUCCUGGGCACAGAGCUGCUGGGGAGCCUCUGUUCGACUGUCAGAUCCCAGAGGUUCCGAGGACGGAUUCAGCAGGAGCGAAAAAACAUCCGACCCAACAUUAUUCUUGUGCUCACUGAUGAUCAAGAUGUGGAGCUGGGGUCCCUGCAAGUCAUGAACAAAACAAGAAAGAUUAUGGAGCACGGGGGGGCCACCUUCACCAACGCUUUUGUGACCACCCCUAUGUGCUGCCCCUCCCGGUCCUCCAUGCUCACCGGAAAGUAUGUGCACAACCACAACGUCUACACCAACAAUGAGAACUGCUCCUCACCUUCAUGGCAGGCGAUGCACGAACCUCGGACUUUUGCUGUAUAUCUUAACAACACUGGCUACAGAACAGCCUUUUUUGGAAAAUACCUCAAUGAAUAUAAUGGCAGCUACAUCCCUCCUGGAUGGCGAGAAUGGCUUGGAUUAAUCAAGAAUUCUCGUUUCUAUAAUUACACUGUUUGUCGUAAUGGCAUCAAAGAAAAGCAUGGAUUUGAUUAUGCAAAGGACUACUUCACAGACUUAAUCACUAACGAGAGCAUUAAUUACUUCAAAAUGUCUAAGAGAAUGUAUCCCCAUAGGCCCAUUAUGAUGGUGAUCAGCCACGCUGCGCCCCACGGCCCCGAGGACUCGGCCCCACAGUUUUCAAAACUGUACCCCAAUGCUUCCCAACACAUAACCCCUAGUUAUAACUAUGCACCAAAUAUGGAUAAGCACUGGAUUAUGCAGUACACGGGACCCAUGCUGCCCAUCCACAUGGAAUUUACAAACGUUCUACAUCGCAAAAGGCUUCAGACUUUGAUGUCAGUGGACGAUUCUGUGGAAAGGCUGUAUAAUAUGCUCGUGGAGACGGGGGAGCUGGAGAACACUUACAUCAUUUACACCGCCGACCACGGUUACCAUAUUGGGCAGUUUGGACUGGUCAAGGGGAAAUCCAUGCCAUAUGACUUUGAUAUCCGUGUGCCUUUCUUUAUUCGUGGUCCAAGUGUAGAACCAGGAUCCAUAGUCCCACAGAUCGUUCUCAACAUCGACCUGGCCCCGACGAUCCUGGACAUCGCUGGGCUCGACACGCCUCCCGAUGUGGACGGCAAGUCCGUCCUUAAACUUCUGGACCUGGAAAAGCCAGGUAACAGGUUUCGAACAAACAAGAAAGCCAGAAUUUGGCGUGAUACAUUCCUCGUGGAAAGAGGGAAGUUUUUACGUAAGAAAGAAGAAUCCAGCAAGAAUAUCCAACAAUCAAAUCACUUGCCCAAAUAUGAGAGGGUCAAAGAAUUGUGCCAGCAGGCCAGGUACCAGACAGCCUGUGAACAGCCUGGGCAGAAGUGGCGGUGCAUCGAGGACACCUCCGGCAAGCUUCGAAUUCACAAGUGUAAAGGAUCCGGGGACCUGCUCACGGUCCGGCAGAACACGCGGAACCUCUACUCUCGAGGCUUCCCCGACAAGCACAAAGAAUGCAGUUGCGGAGAGUCCGGUUAUCGUGCGGGCAGAAGCCAGAGGAAGAGUCAAAGGCAGUUCCUGAGAAACCAGGGGACCCCGAAGUACAAGCCCAGAUUUGUCCAUACCCGGCAAACACGUUCCUUGUCAGUCGAAUUUGAAGGCCAAAUAUAUGACAUAAACCUGGAAGACGAGGAAUUGCAAGUGUUGCGACCGAGAAACAUUGCCAAGCGCCAUGAUGAGGGCCACAGGAGGCCUGGAGGUGCCCAGGCUGCCGGCGACGGGGACGUGAUGCUGGCAGACAGAGACAAUGCCCUGGGCCUGCCCACCUCCGUCCGAGUGACUCACAAGUGCUUUAUUCUUCCGAAUGAUACAAUCCACUGUGAGAGAGAACUGUAUCAAUCGGCCAGAGCCUGGAAGGACCACAAGGCAUACAUCGAUAAAGAGAUUGAAGCCUUGCAAGACAAAAUUAAGAAUUUAAGAGAAGUGAGAGGACACCUAAAAAGGAGAAAGCCGGAGGAAUGUGCCUGUAGCAAACAGAGCUAUUAUAAUAAAGAAAAAGGUGUAAAAAAGCAAGAGAAGGUGAAGAGUCAUCUCCACCCAUUCAAGGAAGCUGCUCAAGAAGUAGACAGCAAGCUGCAGCUUUUCAAGGAGAACCGUAGGAGGAAGAAAGAGAGGAAGGAGAAGAAACGCCAGAGGAAGGGGGAGGAAUGCAGCCUCCCUGGCCUCACCUGCUUCACCCACGACAACAACCACUGGCAGACGGCCCCGUUCUGGAACUUGGGAUCUUUCUGUGCCUGCACGAGUUCUAACAACAACACCUACUGGUGUUUGCGUACGGUUAAUGAGACUCAUAAUUUUCUUUUCUGUGAGUUCGCCACUGGCUUUUUGGAGUAUUUUGAUAUGAAUACAGAUCCUUAUCAGCUCACAAACACAGUGCACACGGUGGAACGGGGCAUUUUGAAUCAGCUACACGUACAACUCAUGGAGCUCAGGAGCUGUCAAGGAUACAAACAGUGCAACCCAAGACCGAAGGGCCUGGAAGUUGGAAAUAAAGAUGGAGGAAGCUAUGACCUACACAGAGGACAGUUAUGGGAUGGAUGGGAAGAUAGAGUAUUUGCACUGCUGAACAGCCACCAGGAGCAAGACAAAACAAAUAAGACUGCAACUGCUCAAAGUGAUGGGUCCCUGGCUGGAUCUGCGGAGCUCUCGGCGCCGGUAGAGAGAGCUUCCGCGGAGUCAGAUGAGGACCCGAGUCCUACGCUUGGGGAAGCGCCUUACUGGACCUGGCCGGCUGACCUUCGAACCCUGCCUUUGAACCAACCAACAUUCAGUCCAGAGACGAAACUUGAAUGGAACAACGACAUUCCCGAAGUGAGUCGUUUGAAUUCUGAACACUGGAGAAAUCAUAAAACUGACACGUGGACGGAGCACGAAGAGAGAAAUCAUCUUGCAAGCGAUCUUAGCGGCAACGGCCUCACAGAGCUGAUGGUGCCUCCCAGGCCCCGGCUGCAGCAUGAAUUUCCCCGGGGGGCCGGGCCAGGCGAGGAUGUUUUUGAUCUUCUUCCCCGGGGGGCCGGGCCAGGCGAGGAUGUUUUUGAUCUUGUUCCCCGGGGGGGCGGUCCAGGCGAGGAUGUUUUUGAAGAUCAGCUGCAUCUUCCUGCGCAUGCUGAUGUGGAUUCCAUUCAUCAGACGAUCAAUACGUCUGCCAGGGAGCAGCCAACCAACUCCAGCAGCGAGAAGAGGAUGUUGAGCAAGGCGAAGAAUCACAAGACGGGGAGCUUACAGAGUCUCGAAGGCAGUGCCUCCUUUCCACUCUCCUCCGAUUAG